UUCCUUGCUUUUACAGAGACGUAUGACUAUCGCCUAUUUACAUAUUCAGCUAACAUGGAGCAACAUUUGCAUGAAUUCGAGCAGGAAAAAACACUCAGCUGAUAACUGUGCGUUCUUGACUACCACAGAUCCUUUCAUAUCUAUUCACAUUGCCAAUUCAUGUGGAAUUAUAAAAGCACUGGGGCUGGGCGAUAGAUCAAUAUACACUGAUCAGCUUUAGCAGCUACUUAUACUCAUUAUACUCUUAACGCUGCUUUGAAUAAAUCAACAAAUGGUGUAUAUGAAAAACAAAUAUAACAGCCAACAAAAAAUUCACAUGCCAGCAGAAAUAUGCCUCUCAACUCAAGUUUUAUUUUUUAAAGAACAAAAUCUGACAUUUUUGGUCAACAUCACAGGAACUUCAGAGGCACUUGGGCACAAACAUGUGAACAUGUAGGUCAUGUCUGUAGAUGCAUCUAUAUCCAACAUGUACAUGCUCAAAUAUGGCCAUGGUUGGGCUGGUGCGUUCGGGAGCACAUCGGGGGUAGUGGAAGGGUUGUCCAUGACGUGCUUGUGCCAUAUGAGCACUGCCUUGCUUGGCAUAACGACCCACCCACUCUGUGAAGCAUUUGAGUGCUGCCAGGGCAAGCCAAUCAGAGGCAAUCUUGGCUUAGAAUGUCAUGACAUGCUUCAUGCCUUUUGAAAAAUAAAACAACAUUUAUAUUAUAUAGGUCUUUUUUUUAAUUAAAAAAAAAAAAUUCAUGUUAUUAGCCAAAAUUGUAGUUUGUAAAUUGAGUAGUUAAACAACUGGCUUUCCAUAAAAGGGUGCACAUGGUCUGCAACAAUGCUUAGGUAGGUGGUACGUGUCAAACAUCCACAUGGGUGCCUUUUUCCCACAGUGCAUCCUGGUGCCAUCUAUUCCGCAGAAAAGCGACGCAUAUGCACCCCGAUAUAGAUAUCGCUCAAAAAUAUCGGGAGAUUUGAUUUUACAAUCCUGUAUUAGCUUUUAUGGGGUUCUUUAAGGAGAUUUCCAAUCAUCAAUAUAUUGUGCAUUCCCAUAUAGCCUAAAAAUAUCACAUUAUUUUAUAUAGGGCAUAUCCUCCAGCCCUAAAAAGUAUGCAUUAUAGCUGCUUGAAUCCAGGUAGUACUUGAUAAAACUGGACACACACACACACACACACACACACACACACCUCAUUCCAGCUCUUGCUUGCCUCGUCAGCAGCAGAGUGGGCUGGCUCGCUGCUGCAAUUCUCUUGUCUCCCUCUCUCCCUCCCCUCCAUGCAUCUCCUUCUCCUAACCCACACUUCCAGUUGCAUCUGGAGCCUGCAGAGCUGUGAGCAAUAUAGGGCAGUUGCUAGCAGGCAGCAUGUUUAACACCAGACAACAACAGCCAGAAAAAAGAGACUGAGACCAUUACCUUCAACCAUCAGAAAACCUUUAAAGCAUAAGGGAACUGGAGGAGGACACAAGAGGAGAAAAGGCGAGAUGACAGACCGACACUAGAAAGGAUGAGAGCCCUGAACAUGCCUGCCUGCUCUGCCUCCCUGCUUUGCCUGCCCCUCCUGCUGCUAUGUGGGCUGCUGGGCAGUUGGGUGCUGUCCAUCUGUCCACCUGUGUGCUUCUGCAGCCGGGGACACCGUGUGGUAGACUGCUCCUCACGGGGCCUAACCAAACUACCGUCUGGUCUGCAGCACAACAUCCGCUUUCUCAACCUCUCCUUUAAUAGUUUGCAGGCUCUGGAUGAUCAGCUCAGUCAAUAUGCCCACCUGCGAAGCCUGGACCUGUCCUACAACCGCCUGGAGAGCCUGCCCUCCUCCUUGCCACGCUCUUUGUGGGACAUCAGAGCGGCAGGGAACCAUCUACGCUCGUUGGACAAAAACGACACCGCUUACCACUGGAACCUGAGAGUACUGGACUUAUCAGAUAAUGAGCUGGAGAGAGUGGUAUUCAUCAACAACACACUGCCAAGUCUUCAAGCUCUCAAUCUCAGUCACAACAGAUUUUGGACUGUGCCAACGAAUAUGCCACACAACUUAGAGAACAUUGAUCUGUCGCAUAACUAUUUGGCGCAGAUCCUGCCUGGAUCGUUGGAUCGGCUACCAAGGCUGACUCAUUUCUAUUUGCAUGCAAAUCGCUUCUCCUGGUUGCCUGAAGGGAUAUUUGAUCAGCUGAAGGUGUUGGAGGUGAUGACUCUUGGGGAUAACCCCUGGGCUUGUGAAGAAGAAGAAAACAUAACAAGGCUCCUGAGAUGGUCUGAGCAGACCCGAGCAACUGUCUUUGGAUGCCCCUGUUAUACAAGACCCAUCUGUGGGAAAACCCAUUCGCCAACACCAGGGAGGGACUGGCACUCUGUACUGUUUACAGAGCCACCACUCUGGGUUAACAGCAGAGGUGAUGGGCAUGGUGUCCUAUCACCUGCAAGAAUUGCAGAGGUCACAUCUAGUUACCAGGCAAAAUCUGCACUUUUCGAGACAGGAGUUUAUCAGGACAAAAGAGGAAUGAAUGAAUCUGGGGAUCACAUGGAAUUUGUCUGGACAGCUUCCACAAGUUUGGAUAGUGUCUCAACGUACACAAGCACAACAACAAGACCACAGUCUUCAACCAAGAAGCCUAAAGUAGCUAACUCAGAAAAUAACGGUCAGGGACUUCUUAUGGAGAAUCCACAAACUGUCAUCAUGACUAUAUUAGUCAUGGCAACAGCAUUAAACACCAUGUGAACUACCUUGACAGGACACGGAAUACACUACUACCCAGAUGAUAUACGAUGAAUGUGUGAUCAAGUACCUCCAAUUAGCAGCUCCAUUUUCAUUUCCUUUAAUAAACUGUGGCGAUGGUUACUGCCUGCUUUAACCGUCAUCAAGUGUAUAACCAUCCCUUCAACAAGCUCAACAUGUGCAAUGUGACAAUGUCUCUCAAAAUCCUGUACAGGACCAUGAACUGUAUAAACCUACAAUAUCUGAUUAUGUGGUUCAACUUGAGUGCUAAUAUCAAUGCUCAAUUCUCAGUAUAAUGCUUGCACACUGACAGACUGCUCUGAUCUAUGCUUUCUUCGUUGUAGUGAUGCUUGUGCCAUACUUAGUCUGAUGAGCCAUUUCAAAUAAGACUGAAAAUAGACAUUACAUUAUCCCUAUCUGCACACCAAGCUGCCUCUGUCAGCAAGUGAGGAAGGAGCCUAAAAUGUCUUUACUGUACAACAAAACAUGAGAAAAGUUGCUAAUAAAGGGCUACUGAGAUAAAGGGAUUACAAAGUAAAACAGAGUAGUCAUAGGUGGUCUCCUGUGAAGAUUGAAUAAAUAUUAAAAGAAAUCCAGUACAGUUCAAUAAGUCCUCUAUGAGUCCUAUGUGCAACAAAGAAAUACCAAAGUACAAGAGAUAAAUAAACUGUCAAUAAAUGUAGCUGUCUAACUCUGCCUUUUUAACAUGAUUAAGUUACUAGUCACUUUGCAGACUUGUGUUGACAGGCUGUAAAUUGUGACAUGCACCUAAGCAGACAGUGUUGUGGGCAGGACAUUGGUCAUUGGAGUACUUUAACAAAUGCAAUAAUCAGUCUAUCAAUGAACAAAGGGUUUGCAUAUUUCCUUUCACACAAAGAAAAAACAGUGGAAAGUCAGCGGUGGCCGGUGGAUCCUGAGCUGAAAAUAUUAAGCAGGUCAAGGGGCCUAAACUAUAAAACUGUGGGCAGGUUUCAUGUCAUAACAUGGCUUCGAAACACAAAGUGCUUACGGACGAAAAUAUCUGAUUCUUGACACAGUGCGAAAUCACAUCCUACCCCAGUUUUGUUUUAAAAUAACAAUCAACCUCGAAAUGCGAGCUACAUGUAACACCCACAGUCGCUUAAAAACUGUCAGUGAAAUGCCACUAAUUAAUAUUCAUUCACACUGACUGCAUAAAGAUGAACACAGAAAACACAGGGAAAAACAUAACUGUCCAACAUGAAAGUGGAUGCCAAAAGCACACAGACAAGGUUUCUGAGAACUGCCUGAUCACUUGAAAGACACUUUUGCUAACCAGUAGCCAUAAAGACAGAGCUGGAGUUAGCAUACAAGCUAACAAGCUAUGUAGCUUGACUGCAACAUCGUACGGCAAUAUGUGCUAUUGCCAAUAUUACUGUAACCGCUGCCACCAUUGCCUUGUGGUUAAAACAUAGAAUGAAACAUACAUAAAGCAAGGACCCUUACUUAUCCAGCAGAAAAGUGUCUAAUUCUGUGUUACUCUUGAGAAUUUACAAAUCCCACAGCUCCCUAAACCUCUGAAUGACGCUACGAUAUUUAUCCUAGUUUUCUUUCAGGCUUGGUCCAAUUCUUUCUUUUUACACUGCUUUUCUUCAUCAGUCUUCCUAUUUCUUGAUGUGGGCAAUGGUGGGGCAUUUUUCGGCUUUGUUGUUGAUGUUGGAUUUUUACACAGCUGACCUGUAUCUUAUUCUACUGUCAGAUCAUAAUGACUAUUUUAGCAAAUGUAACAACAACAGGGGGGUUAUUAUGCUGCAAGGUCUUAGUUGAAAUCUAUUAUCCCAAAUGUUGGUUUUUCUUUUAGUUGUGUGUUUCUGAUUACACUUUCAUAAGACAAAAUAUUAAUCAAGAUGGAUGAAAAUUCUCAAGACAAAUAGAAGUUUUUCCAAGAUCCAAAAAAUAAUGUAUGAUGACAUUUCCUGGUAAAGGGUCAACAGAACUGCUUAUACACUGAGGCCUUAUCAUAAAGAGCCUACCCAUGCACACUAGGGUAAUUAACAGGAGACUAAUACAUGACCCUGCUUUGUAGUGAAAGAUACAUCCAACAGUUCAAAGCAAAACCACAUUAACAUAAGGUAAGCUAAGAGAAAAUGGAAAGAGUUUGUUAUAACAAAUGUAACUUACUGACCUUUAAAAAUAGACAAACCUGUAUGGUGCAAUGUGCUUUUUUGUUGAAACUACACUACACCAAAAAACACUUUCAAAUACAUCAGAUGAACUAAUUAUUCAAGUUGAAAAUAUUUACUUCUUAUGUAAACUGUAUAAUUUGUUGAGAACAAAAUGAUGUAACAACAGUCAAUGGAAACUAAAAUCAUCAACCCACUGUGAGCUGGAUAAAAAUCACACUGAAAAUCAAAGUUAAAAAUGACUCAGUGGUGUGAGUGGCCCUCAAGCACCUUUAAGCAUCCCUGAUAACAUCUGGCCAUAUUCCUGAUGAGUCGGCGGAUGGUGUUUUCUACCAGAAUCUUCUACCAGACCUGGAUCAGGGUAUCAGUGAGAUCCUGGACAGUCUGUGAUGGUACUUGGCAGCAUUGGAUGCACUGAUACACAACAUCCCAUAGCUGCUGCUCAAUUGGAUUAAGGUCAGGGGAACGAGAGGGCCAGUUGAUGACAUCAAUGCCUUCAUCAUCCAGGAACUGCCGACAGACUCUGGCCACAUGAGGCCGGGCAUAGUCCUGCACCAGGAGGAACCUGUUACCCAACAUCAGUCAGGGUACCAUUGGCUCUGACAUGGAGGUCUGUGCGACCCUUUAAAGACCAUCACUGACCUACUGCCAAACCGGUCAUGCUGGAUGAUGUUACAGGUAGCAUAAUGUCCCCCACUAUGUCUCCUGACUCUUUUACACCUGUAACAUGUGCUUUGAGUGAACCCACACUUUCUGUGAAGAGAACAGGGUGCCAAUGACAAAUCUGUCAGUUCUGCCAGUUUGCAAGUGGAAAUUAGACCUUGCAGUAGCGGUACAGAACUUUUUUUUUUUUUUUUUAUUAAUGUUAUUCCGAAUAUGCAAAUAGAACAUGGCUUCCUGAUUGCUAUUUAACAAAUUAUUUGAAUAACAUGUGUUUAUACAUUUUCUUGAACUGGUUGAUAUUUGGACUUUGCUUGAGUUCCUCACUUAGGUUGUUCCAUAGCUUGACACCAGAAAUAGAUAUACAGAAACUUCUCAAGGUUUUUCAUCUGUUUAUUCUUUUGAAGUUAUGUUCCCCUCUUAAUUGAUA